UUCUGUUUCUGGGAAUAUGACAAGAACCAUAAAACAUUAAGCAGAGAAGUCUUAAAAUUUGUCAAUGACAGACUUGUUGACAGAGAUGACGCCUCUUGGAGAGAUGAAGUCCAACAAAACUUCUUAGAAUGCAAAGAAGACACAUGCACUGUUCUUGAAGAUGAAAUAGAAAACAGAAUAGAAGAGCUAUUAAAGGACAAAGAACUUUUACAAAAAUAUGGUUCUGAGAAGUUUGACAUAACUCCACCAGAAAAGAAGAAGAGAGAAAAGAAAGAAAAGAAAGUAGAAGAAGAGAAGAAAGAACCUGAACCAGAGAAAAAGAAAUUUGACAUGUAA